AUGGCGCUCACUGACGGUCUCAUCCUCAAGAUUGCGAACAUUGUCGUGUUCGCCCUCUCCCUCGGCUCCAAUGUCUACGGUGUUGCCGGUCCAGAGGACAUGUACGGGUCGAGCAAGACCACCUACAUCACCCCGAGCUACUAUGCGUUCUAUGUGUGGUCCCUCAUCCACCUGCUCCUCCUCGGCACCAUGGUCUACCAGUUCACCGAGCGCGGCAAGGCUAUCGUGAUUGACUCUAUUGGCUGGCGCUUUGUCCUCCUCGGCUUGUUCAACGCUGUCUACGUGUUCUUCUGGGCGCGCCACUGGUACAUUCUCGCCUUUGUCCUCUCGCUCCUCGUCUCGGCCACCGUCAGCCAGAUCUACUACGUCGUCAAGAAGAACCACUCGACACGCGAAGGUCUCGGCGAGGAGUUCUUCGUCCACCUCCCUUUCUCCCUCUUCCACGGAUGGACCAUUGUCCUCGUUGUGCUCUCCGCUUUCGAGGCGUUCGGCGUCAACGCCCACACUCACCACGCCGGAAUCUGGACCAAGGUCUUUGUCUUCUUCGGCCUUCUCUUCCUCUCGUCCACCAGCUGCGCGUACGCCUUUGCUUCGCGCGAGGGUGAUGCUGCUGGUGCGGCUGCCAUCUCGUGGGCUCUGUUUGCCAUCUUCAUCCAUCAGACGAGCUCCAAGUUCAUCCACUGGUCGGCGUUGGCCUUCUUCAUUCUCUCGCUGUUUGCCAUCCUCAAGUCGCUCUACACCACCAUCGCCAGCGGCCGGAACGCGCUGCACGACGAGGAGCGCGCUCCUCUCAUUCAGGGUUCCAGCUAA